AUGACAUCGAUAUCAGCAUCAACAUCGGCGUCAUCCACUGCAUUGGCAUCGACAUCGACCUCGACCACAUCGGCAUCGGCAUCAUCAGCCGCUACGACAUCAGCCAUAAAGACGAGUGGCGAGUUGAUGAUGGACAGCAGUGCUUCAUCAGUCUCUGGCAAUGGAAGCAAUCUCAAUAUAGUCGGUGGAACCAUUGGCAAAGGUCUAGUACUGCCAGCCGAUCACAUCCUAUUCAGACUUCUCGGCGACUUCAAGGAGCUCACCAAAGUCAAGAUGGACAUAUUCAUCAGGGAUGAGAAGAUAAAGAUGGAAGAGUUCUUUGAUGCAUCAGACUCCAAGACGUUUAAUAAUGUGUUGGAUGGAUUGACUGAGGUGUCCAAGUACUACUUGAACUUGGUGUCUGGCGCGUUGUUACAAUGGCGAUCGACCCAGCAUGUCAUCCCCGCCAGGACUAUCUCCAAACAGAAGCUUGAUGGAUCAGACACAAAGAAUCUUGUGGCGGCAUUGGAGGAACGACACAAGUUGAUAGUGGACUAUAUAUUCUGUAUUGCUAUGUUGACGGUGUUGAGCUCAUUGACAAAGGACAACUUGAAUGAUAUGAUUGGAACACAGAUUGAAUCGAUAUGCUUUGAGAACUUCAAGGCGGAGCGUCGUGCGACUGGUGCCGCCUCGCCCACGCUCAUUCCAGACCUGUGUGCCGCCAUCCUUGGACAGCUCAGCAAGUAUCGUUUGAGGAGUGUAUCAACGCGCUUCUUCAAAGAGGUCCAACUCUGUCUCACUUCCAACACACUCAAGUCCAAGAUAUUCCCAAUCUUCCAAGGUGUCCGAUUCCUCAAGCUAAAGCUGAAACAGUCAUUGGAGUUUGUUACAUCAUGCUUGGACUUGUUCAAGAAUGCCAAGGUUAAGGGCGAUAUGCGAAGAGCGUUGGCAGAGGUACUGGCGAGUGUACUGCGGCCAAUGACAAGCGUUAGGUUCAAGCCGGACGUAGGGUAUGGCGAGUGGAAUAUAGUGGUCAAGGAGCUGUACGACUUUGUCAGCAAGAAGACCAAGAAUACCAAGGACGUAAUAACGACAUACCCUCUAACAGCCGUGCUACUAUGCGUGUCUGAUCGCGAAACCUUCCUCAAGAGCUCGUGGACACUGAUCGACGGCUUCAUCAAGAUCAAGGACAAGCAGGUGCGCCCGUACGCGCUCGAGGCCAGCCAGUACCUGCUCGAGUGCUAUCUGCACAAGCACACGGAGCAGCCCGAGGAGGUGUCGGAGCGUCUGCACCAGUUCAUCGCGCACGUGUUCCCCGCUUCGCACACCAAGAAGCUGACGCUGAGCGCCAGCGACUCGCUGCACAUAUUCAUCGACAUCAUUGGCGUGAUCGCAUCCACAAUGCUUGAGUUCUCAUUUGAGAAGGUCAUCUUUGACCUCUUGCGUGGUGGCGAUCUCAAGGACUCGCUCGGCUAUAUCUCAAACCCGGAGCGCAUGAUUGUAGGUCUGCGCGCCGUUCAGCUCAUUGUACAGGCCUCAUCGAAUGGCAACACCGGCAACAACAACAACAUCAACAACAUACACUCUCAUCAUGGCAACCCACUCACUCCCAAGACCCUAGCAUUCGUGUCGAAUCCUGGCGGCAGUGGCAGCAGCACAUCGAUCAAUCAAUCUUCGCACGCCGCGACAUAUGAAGGCGCAGUCGCAAUCACAUCAAACAAGGUGCUGGCGCGCCGCUACCGGACCUUGCACACCAAGGGCGCGGUUGCUGGGACAACUGCACUUAUCAUCGAACCCUACUCCAAGUCAUUGAGCAUCUUCCUCUCGCACAUGCUCUCGGCGCUUGACGCCAGCUUUGGCAUGCUGCUUUCGACCAUCCAGACCAAGCCACUCAGCGAACUACUCGAGAAGAUGCGACCUCCUGGCCCAUUGUGCCUCGAGCUGCUCAAGGUGGCCAUUGCCACCAUCCCCAUCGCCUUCCCCUCCAAGAUCACCGUGUCUGAGCUGGUGCUCAUGCUGUCCAAGUACUUGAUCCACUUGGACAAGGGCAUCAGCGAGAAGUCCUCGGCCGUGUUGACACAGCUAAUGGCCACGCGACCUGACCUGCGGCCCAACAUCAUUGGUGGCCUUGGAAAGUACGCGUUGAGCAUCAGCGACAAACAAUCACACUUUAUGUGUGUCGUACUCGAGAAGAUGGCCGAGCUGCUGGGCAUGUGGGCAGCGGCCAAGACCAAUCGCUUCCAGAUGGGCGCAGACGAUGUGGUGCCGGCUUCUGCCGAGCAGCAGGUACGAUUCCGCGUCGAUGGUCCAGACUAUGCACCCGAUGUCGACUACAUUGAGGCGGUCGGCCUCGUCUGUCUGUGCAGCAGCAGUGCACGCAACAAGCGUGUCAGUCUAUCAAUCCUGGGCAGCAUCGCGAUCAUACACGAGGCCUUCCAGAUGGCACGCAUCGACGAGGAUAUCGAGAUCACGAUUCACAUCAAGGACAUUAUCGAUGAGAAUGGCAAUGAGUAUCUCUAUCGCCAUGCACAGAGCCUCACGCACCAGUUCGAAAACAAGUACAAGAAGCAGAAGUCACCACACGACUUUGAGCGUCUGGCCGACGCCGAGACCAAGGAGGCUCAGAUGUUGUGGAGCGCAUGUCUGUCGGAUAUUGCUCGAGCGGCCUCGGAACUGGCCACCAACUCGGUGGCCAAGGCCUGUGAGUUGGUCUUGCAACGCAUCAAACCUAUUCAGCCAGAGGAGAGCGGCAAGACACAGUCUGGCGCGCCAGAGGUCGAAGCGCCUCUGUCCACAUGGUGGAAGAACUACAUUGUCUUUGCCUGCGCCACGAUCGCCGUCCCGGAGAAUGAGACCAAGAAGACUGAGCAGUGGCCAGUGUGUGCGCGCGAGCUGUUCACACUGAUCAUCCCCUAUCUCAAGUCGGCCGACAAGUUCUUUGUCGAGUCCACCGUGAUGGCACUGCAAAAGACCAAUGCACGUGUCCUCGACGUGCUUUGCGAUCAGCUGCGACCGUGGGAGCACGAACUGCACACCAACAAGAAGUCAAAAAAGCGUCUGGAUGGCAUGCGAUCAGUGAUUGGAAUUCGUCGACACUGUCUAGAGUCGCUGCGCAACGAUGGACUAGUGAAGCGCGAGCAACUCAAGCGAUCAUACAUCGACUACAUUCAAGAGGUACUGCAAUUCCUCCUCUCACCCGAGUCCAACACUGGCGACUACAUCUGGGACUCACUACAUGGUAUCCGAUUCAACCUCUGCGUCCUUGUCCAUCGCAUGGUACAACAGCUCUACUUUGGGGCCAACGAGUUCCUCGAUAAGAACAUGCGAAGAGAGUUGUUCAAGCUGUUUAGCAAGUGGAGCGAGAGUGAGGAGCAGCUGAGGGAUGAGCCAAUGUUGCGUAGACUUGCUGUGUUCUUGCAGCAGGAGGAGAAGGAAGUGACAAAGCGCAAGGAGUACGAGAUUAGGAUAUUUGAACAGGCAGCCCAGCUAAGUAAUGUGGCCCUGCACGCAGUGUCACUCAUCCUGCUCGGACCGCCAUGCGUCGAAGCAUUCAAAGAGCCCACUGGCUUCGUGUUCCAAUGGAUCAACUCAAUGUUCACGAGCAAAAUGAAGACCAAGAUACGCUCGGUGUCACGCCAGGCGCUCCAGAGCUUCCUCAAGUGCAACGCAGCGCAGUACCAGGAGCUGAUCUACCACUGCAUCAAUCAAUGCUACAGUCUCACUCCAUCAGUAGCCAGCAAUUACUUCCUGGCGCUGGUCGAUAUGUGCCAGGACGGUGUGCUGCGUUUCCCCUACUCCGAGUCGAUCCUCACCAAUCUGAUCAUCUACAAUGCCGGCGCACCAGUAUCUGCCGUGCGCCAGAGUGCAUUGCAGUUGCUCUACUUCUUCAAGGCAUCGAGCAGCCCGAAUGAUCACUACACUGACGGCUUCUACCCAUCGGCAAUUGGCAGCGAGUUUGUGGACACGUACCGCAACGCACAGCUCAGCCUGUCCAAGACGCUAGCGCUGGAGAACCCCGAACUUUGCUACGAGCUGUUCCUAGACGUGGUGUACCGUCUGGAGACCGGCGACUCGCCCGCGCACUUGGAGCAGCACCAGACACUGUUGGCAUGCGUGGCGCCAUGGGUCGAGCAAAUGAACCUGCUGCACCUAGGCUCAGCCAACUCUGCCCUUCUCGACAGCGUGUUGCAAGGCUUUGUUCUGGUCACCAUGAAGCACGCCCAUCUUACGCAGCCCAUCGAGCGACUCUGGCGCAUCCUUGGACGCAUUGAAGACAAUGUGACAAUCAUUGUAGACUUUGCGCUCAAGGUGAUUGAACGCACACGCAAUCACGGCCUGUUGCCCGUGUUCACAAAGAUCUGUCUGUUCCUUGGACGCUCAUCGCCUCAGAAGCUCGUCAACAGCCUAGUCAGCGAGCUGUCAGCCACAAAUGCUGCCGCACAAAGCUUCACCGCCGAGUUUGACGCUUCAAAGUCGCUGGGCAAGGCGGGCAUGAGUACGAUCAGUCGUGCCGCCAUCCCACCGCAGCCCCACGAGGUCUACAAUACGAUGGCUUCAAUCUCGCGUGCAUUCCACACGGCCACUGUUCGAUCAUUCGACUUGACAGGUGGUGCCAAGGGCUUUGCACUGACACGCUUGCAGACCCCGCUCAUCUUCCUCUCAGAGAUCUCGUUUGAGGUCGGCGAGGAGUUCCGAGAGCACUUGCCCGUGCUCCUACAGCUCAUCUUCUUGGGUCUUCACUACAAUCACCAACCCGUCCACGAGCAUUGUCGCAUGCUCCUGCUUAACAUCAUCCGCAGCCUUGUCAUCAGACAACAGCAACAACUUGGCGUGCCUGACCCGGCAGUCUACGAAGAGGCCGUGCAACUCGUCGAUUUCUUGUUGCCAGCGGCCUUCCGCAGCGAUGAGACAGCGGCCACGGCAGCACACUCAGUCGCCGCAAAGAAAGAGAUAUCCAACCCCAAAUACGUCGUGAUGCUCAGCAGGAGGGUGGUACAGGUGCUCAGCAACGGACGUGCGGACUGCGAGCUCAAGGAGCAUUGGGGCGCCAACGCGCUCAACUGGGCCACGAGCUCACAGAACAUCAGACUGGCCAUGCGCAGUUACCAGAUCAUCCGCGGUUUGGAGCCAACGACGACUGUUGACGCGCUGACCGAGGUGAUCCAGUGUCUCGGCAAGAAGAUGGCCGACAUCAGCGUGGACAACAUCGGUCUGAUCAACGAGAUCCUCGAGACGCUGCACGUGAUGAUCGGGCGCAUCCACCCGUCCAAGCUCAUCCUGUUCCCGCAGCUGAUGUGGGGCGUGCUCGCCCUCAUGCACACGGACUUUGACGCGCACUAUAUCAGCGCGGCCAAGACUCUGGCGCUGUUACUCGACUUGAUUAAUUUCAACGAUCGGGCCGUCCAGAACGUUUUCCUGGCGUCCAUCAACAAGGAGUGGGACUUCUUCAAUGGAGUCCAGCCCUUGGCCAUCCGCGGCCUUGGUUCAACCACCACAUUCCACGCGUCCAUCGAUCUGCUCAGCAAACUAACAUUGAAGCCUUGCAAUGAGAUCUUCCAUCCAGAGCCAGGAACCCGAUUCCUCGCCAACCUCAUGGCGCUGUUGCCUUACCUGUGCGCCAAUAUUGCCAACCCUGAGCGCGACCAUCUAUGCUACGUGGCAGCUGAGCGUCUGUCAUUGGCUGCCGAGAACCAAGACAACUGCGUAGCCCUGGCACAGAUAUUGUAUCACUUCUCGCGACUUGGCUACGCGCGACAGCUUGACCGCUUCCUGACCGACCUGUCCGCACCGCUCUGCCAGCUGGUGGGCGCAACUCGACACUCGACACUUACCUUCACAUUGCUGUUUGAUAUCUUGGAGCAUGGCCCAGCGGACUACAACUACCCAACACUCAAACUCCUGAACGCGUUGGUGGCGGGUGGCGUCAAUCCUGCUGACUCCAAACCACCUGGCACAUCGGUGGGCGAUUGGUACGACACCAUCUCCAACUUUAUCAAUGGACAUCAGACGCCCGCCAUCAUCGUGGCGCAGGCACUCAAGUUCAUUGAGAUGUCUAGCCAGUGUUCGCCAGCCAGUCUCCAGCCAGCAUCAAAGGACGUAGCCAAAUCCACAGACUCGCUGCGGGCCAUCGCCAAGCAGUCGGGCCACAGCUCAAGGCGCUUCCUGAACAAGGUGGACCGCGGAACACACAUGGCCAACGUAUGUUUGAGCAAGGUGCUCAAUAUGUGCCAUCGCCCCGCCAUCAACCCGCUCAGCAAGUCGAUGUAUUUCUCGAGUGCACAGAUCAUCGAGCGAUUCUUCUCGUCGUCUGACGACCUUCAGCCACCUGGAACGAUCAGCAAGGGACUCUCAUACGACGAUCUUCACAAUGACGGCGACUCAGAGGCCGCAGCGACUUCAUCACAGGCGUCAGAGAUCAGUGUUGACGAAGCCGAUCAUUAUGGCGGAUCGCUGCACAAGUCAUCAUCGGACCUUACAUUUGGAGGCGAAGGCAUGAUGUCCGAGUUCCAUCAGUUCCCACACUUCCAAGGCUUUGACGACUUGCUGAUGGGCCUGGACGAUCUGAGCACUCACGAGGCAUCCACUUCGGAGACCUCGUCCGAGAUGUCCAACUCCACAUCCAGCUACUCGUCCACUACGUCCGCCCCCAACCAAACGCCAUCUACACCACUCAGCAAGGUACAUCACUCGACCACCACCGCACCGAUGACACCAGUGUCUGCAUCGCCCAUGACUCGUUCACCGUCAUCCGUUGGACGCAAGUUGCUGGCCAAUUCCAGCUCGCCAUCGUCUCUUUCACGUGGACUCCAGUUCCAUACCAACCCCGCACUCUCUGCCCUCUCGCACAAUGUGUCAGCGGCCAAGAAUGUGUGGACGCGCUGCGCUGAGCAGACUGACCUUACAGCAGAGCGCGACGUCUUUGAGGCGUUCGCUGCCGCCUCCCACCUGGUGCAGCACAUCUCAAUCGAGUACCGCACAUUGUUCAGCCAAUUCCUCUCACUGAUCACCACGACCGCAGCCAAGGGACCCACUCUAGCUGUAGAGAUGUUUGAGAAGCCACCAUUCAGCUUGUCGCACCAAGAGAUUCUCAAGACCAAGGAGAUGUCGGAGAAGUACCGUAAGGACCUGGCACUCAAGCCGUCCACCACCCGUCUGUUCUUGGAGAUGCGCGAGAAGGCCAUCGCAGCCUACACUCAGCAACUCAAUGUGUACACGGAGCAGCGCACGGCCACCAACAAUGUGCGCGCCAAACUCUUUGAGAGUGGCUCGGGCAGUGAGGUGCAGAUCGCCGAAGCACGCUUCUGCGCGGCCAUGUGCUCAUUGUACCAACAACUACUACAACUGUGGACGGUCAACCUAUCAUUACAGGAGCUACUCAAUGAUUAUAGCCAACUACUUGCCAUUGACAAACAACGUGAUGAGAUCAAGAAGGAGAUGAACAAGUGCAAGGUUACAUGUUGUACCACCAAUUGA